CCCCGAAAUUUGAGAAAGAAAAAUUGGGAGGAGGGGCAAAUGGGCAUCACAACCCCACUUCCACAAUUUACUCUCUUCCUUUUAUUUAUUUAUUUGUUUAUUUUUAUGUCUUUUUUUGAGUGUGUGUUGCUCCCAAGGCAAAGGCUAAAGGCCCCAAAAAAACAAUACCUCUCUCUCAACCUGUAUUCUACUCUUGUCUCUCUGUGUGCCUUCCACUUUAUUCCCCCACCCUCCUAUACACCAAAUUUCAAUCUUCCUUCUUCUCACACUUUACACCAACUUUUUUAUUUAUUUCGUAUAUAUUUCUCAUUUUUUCCCACUUCAUUUUCCCACCUUCUAUACAGGUUUUUUGUGCACUAUUAAGGUAAAUAAGCUGACCCAAAAAAAGUAAGUAGUAAAAAAUAAGCAAACGGUUGGUGUAAUUUAGUUCUUUUUACUUUUUAUAGAUAUAUGGGAAGCAAAAUAGUAGUAGUAGCGUGCCAGUAAGUCAAGCUUCUUCUCUUUUUUGUCUUUCUUUUAUUAUUAUUAUUUUUUUUUGUUUUUUUGUUUUUUUUUGUUUUUUUUUUUUUUUGAAGCUCAGCUUUGCUUUGCAUAUCUCACUUUGUUUCCAAAACAUCGUACCCUCGCUCUUACUCUGCCGUCAGUCUUUGUUGUGUCCUAUCCUUUCCUUACCACGCUCUAUCUUGAUGCCGCAGUACUACAUAUGAGUCACUUUCACAGCAGAUCUGAUAAUCUGAAAAUGGAGUAAAUAAGGCAAAGAACACCGGAGAUAGAAAGCGGAGGAGCCCUAUAUCUAUAUCUAUAUAUAUACAGUGUGUAUAUAUAUAGUAUAUAGAUGAUUCCUGUAGUUUGUUGGGUGUUUUUCAGCUUUUCUCAUUCUUCAGCAGAAAGAUUCCUCUUCCAUCCCAAACAUCCUGUCUCUAUCUAAACAAGUUACAAAGCUGGAAACUUGUUCAAAUUGGGUUAUUGAGUUGGAGAAAAAAGCAAAUGCAUCUUCUUCUCAACAAAAUCACAAGGAACAGAAAGAAGAAGAAAAUGAAGAUAUCUAUGGAAUAGAAGCAAAGGCAAGAGGAAGAAAAAGAAAAGUUUGAAUCUUUGAUAAGAAUUUUUUUUUUUUUUUCUUGAAAGAAAGAACCACGCUAGCUAAGGGGAAUAAAUAUGGUGAUGGUGAUGAUGAUGGGACUGGUUCGCUUUUUGUUGUUGGCUGCGCUGCCUCUGCUGCUUAUGAUUUUGGCGUCAGGCGUCAGAGCCAGAGACUUGUCUCCGCAGCAGCAACAAGAAAGCAAAAACUAUGAUAUGGUGGGGUUGUUGUUGGCCUUCAAGCAAUCCUCUAUUCUGUCUGAUCCCAAUGGUUUCUUGGCUGACUGGAAAAAACCAUCUUCUUCAUCACCAUGUUCAUGGCGUGGUGUUUCAUGCUCUGUUGAUGGUCGUCUAACAUCUCUCAAUCUCAGCUAUGCCGGUCUCAUUGGAAGCCUUCACCUUCCCUCGCUCACUGCUCUGCCAAAUCUUCAAAAUCUAUACCUCCAAGGGAACUCAUUCUCUGCAGGCGAUCUCUCUGCCUCUAAUUCAACCUCUUGCAGUUUGGAGACGCUGGACUUGUCCUCCAACAAUCUCUCUGACCCUCUUCCAGACCCAGAAAAAUCUUUCUUGCUGCUUUGUGAUCGUCUUUCUUAUGUCAAUCUCUCUGGAAAUUCAAUCCCUGGUGGUAGUCUCCGUUUUGGUUCCUCUCUUCAGCAGCUUGACCUGUCAAGGAAUAGGAUUUCCGAUGUGGGUUCUCUGACCCAGACUCUGUCUAAUUGCCAGAACUUGAAUCUUCUCAAUUUCUCUGAUAACAAGCUUGCAGGGAAACUUGGUGGUGCUACAACGCUUGGGUCCUGCCAGUCUUUGUCCAUUUUGGAUCUCUCUUUUAAUGUAUUGUCAGGGGAAUUACCAGCUGGCUUUGUGGCUGAGGCUCCAGUUUCUCUCAAGUAUUUGGAUCUCUCAAACAACAAUUUUUCCACCAAGUUCUCUGACUUCGAUUUCGGGCACUGCAGCAAUCUCACUUCUCUGAAGCUUUCUCAUGCUAUUCUCUCUGGCUCUGGUGCUGAAUUUCCUGUCAGCCUUGGGAAGUGCCAGCUAUUGGAGACCCUUGACCUUUCCCAAAAUGACCUGCACGGCAAGAUUCCUGGUGGUGUUUUGGCAAGUUUGAGGAAUCUGAAGCGCCUCUCUUUGGCUCAUAACUACUUCACUGACCGAAUCCCGUCUGAACUUGGACUGCUUUGUGGGACUCUACAGGAGCUUGAUAUGUCAGGGAACAAACUUUCUGGUGAAUUGCCCUUCAGUUUUACAUCCUGUUCUUCUUCUCUGGUCACUCUAAACCUUGCUAAAAACCAGCUUUCUGGGAAUUUCCUCACUGAUGUUGUUAGUAACAUCCUGAGUCUUAGAUAUCUCAAUGUGUCAUUCAAUAACAUAACUGGUGCUGUUCCACUCUCUCUGACCAAUUGUACUCAGCUUCAGGUGAUCGACCUGAGUUCUAAUGGCUUUACUGGAAAGGUUCCUUCUUGGUUCUGCUCCUCCAAAGUUCCUUCUGUUCUGGAGAAGCUACUUCUGGCCAACAAUUAUCUUUCUGGGACUGUGCCUUUGGAGCUUGGCAACUGCAAGAACCUCAAGACAAUUGAUCUCAGUUUCAACGGUCUGAGUGGUACAAUCCCAUUAGAAAUUUGGAACUUACCAAAUCUUUCCGACUUGAUUAUGUGGGCAAACAACCUCACUGGUGGAAUCCCAGAAGGAAUUUGCAUCAAUGGAGGGAACCUACAGACUUUGAUUCUCAACAACAAUCUAAUCAAUGGGACAAUUCCACAGUCCAUUGCCAGCUGCACCAAUAUGAUAUGGAUAUCGCUGUCUAGUAACCGGCUUAUUGGAGAAAUCCCUGCUGGUAUUGGGAAUCUCUCUAAACUUGCAAUCCUCCAAAUAGGCAGCAAUUUGCUGUCUGGACAGAUUCCACCGGAGCUCGGCAAGUGUCAGAGUCUCAUCUGGCUUGAUCUGAACAGCAAUGAGCUAAUUGGUUCUAUUCCACCUGAGCUAGCCAACCAAGCUGGUCUUGUUCUUCCAGGAAUUGUUUCUGGCAAGCAGUUUGCAUUUGUGAGAAAUGAGGGUGGGACAGCUUGCAGGGGUGCUGGAGGACUGGUUGCAUUCGAAGGGAUUCGACCGGAGAGGCUUGAAAGUUUUCCUAUGGUACAUUCUUGCCCAUCAACCAGAAUUUAUUCUGGUUGGACUGUUUACACAUUUUCCAGCAAUGGCACCAUGAUUUACCUUGACCUGUCCUACAAUUCCUUGUCCGGAACUAUUCCUAGAAACUUCGGUUCGAUGAACUAUCUGCAGGUCUUGAAUUUGGGACACAACAAGCUUACAGGAAAUAUUCCUGAGAGCUUUGGAGGAUUGAAAGAAAUAGGAGUUCUUGAUCUCUCACACAAUAAUCUUGAGGGAUUUGUUCCAGGUUCAUUGGGGACACUCUCUUUUCUCAGUGACCUUGAUGUUUCUAACAACAACCUGACUGGUCCUAUCCCCUCUGGAGGUCAGCUGACCACUUUCCCGGCAUCCAGAUAUGAGAACAAUUCUGGGCUUUGCGGUGUACCAUUGUCCCCUUGUGGUUCGCAAAACCACUCAGCAAAUUUUAAAAGUAGAGGGAAGAAGCAGUCUGUGGCAGCAGGGAUGGUAAUUGGCAUUUCAUUCUUCGUCCUGUGUAUAUUCGUUCUCACCUUAGCUCUUUACCGGGUGAAGAUGUACCAGCAGCAAGAGGAACAAAGAGAGAAAUAUAUUGAAAGCCUUCCAACUUCAGGAAGCAGCAGCUGGAAACUUUCCAGUGUUCCUGAGCCACUUAGCAUCAAUGUAGCCACAUUCGAGAAACCUUUAAGGAAGCUGACAUUCGCCCAUUUACUCGAAGCAACAAAUGGUUUCAGUGCAGACAGUUUGAUAGGUUCUGGAGGUUUUGGUGAGGUAUACAAGGCGCAGCUGAGAGAUGGCUGUGUCGUCGCAAUCAAGAAACUUAUUCAUGUCACGGGUCAAGGAGAUAGGGAGUUCAUGGCAGAAAUGGAAACCAUUGGGAAGAUAAAGCAUCGAAACCUGGUUCCGUUGUUAGGCUACUGCAAGAUUGGAGAGGAGAGGCUUCUUGUGUAUGAGUACAUGAAAUGGGGGAGUUUGGAGGCUGUUCUUCAUGACAAGGCAAAAGGAGGAGGGGGAUCAAAGCUUGAUUGGGCAGCAAGAAAGAAAGUUGCCAUAGGGUCUGCAAGAGGUCUUGCAUUCCUUCAUCAUAGCUGCAUACCUCAUAUAAUUCAUCGUGACAUGAAGUCUAGCAAUGUGCUUCUCGAUGAAAACUUUGAGGCCAGGGUGUCUGAUUUUGGCAUGGCAAGAUUGGUUAAUGCUCUUGAUACUCAUCUUAGUGUUAGCACCCUUGCAGGAACUCCAGGUUAUGUUCCACCUGAGUACUACCAGAGUUUUAGGUGCACCACGAAAGGGGAUGUCUAUAGUUAUGGUGUUAUACUACUAGAGCUUCUCUCAGGAAAAAGACCAAUAGACCCGUCGGAGUUUGGUGAUGACAACAACCUUGUUGGAUGGGCAAAACAGCUUGAGAGACAGAAGAGAAGUAGUGAGAUAGUGGAUCCUGAGCUGUUGACAGAUAAUUCCGUUGAGUCUGAACUAUACCAUUACCUAAAAAUUGCUUUUGAUUGCCUGGAGGACAAGCCAUUCCGGCGGCCAACCAUGAUACAAGUAAUGGCUAUGUUUAAAGAGCUUCAGGUUGAUUCAGAAAAUGAUAUCCUCGAUGGCCUCUCCCUUAAAGACAAUGUCAUCGAGGAAUCGUAAGGAAAAAGAAAAAGGAUUUAAACCAUUGAACAUGUUCUGUUACCAGCUGAAAUGUGGCCAAGCCAUGGCUGCAGAGAUGCCACAGGAAUGAUCAAAACCUCUGAAAAGUGAUUUAAGGGGUUUCAUCAUUACGAUUUUGUGCAUUGUAAAUAGUAAAGCACAUUAGGAGACAGAAAUCAAAGGGAAUUAAGCAUAGCAAGAACAGAGUCAUGUGGAGUCUUUUUUUUUUUGUUUGGUUUCUCAUAGUCAGGCGAAUUUGCAUAUUCUUUCUUGAUGUUCUUCCUGUGUGUUACUAAAGACUUCAAAAUUUUUCGUUUGCUUUGCCUCGCGGCUUCUGUUUCCUGUCACAGUUUUGCUAAUCUAGUGUUUCACUAUUAAUUCGUUUGCCACCAAAGCCAAAUGUUGUUGUUGUUAAUAGGGAAAGCUGGAACAUGAAGGACUGUAAAGUUGUAGCAAUAGCAUUAUUGGGAAAUUUAAUACCAUAAAUGUUUUUAUUA